GGUGUCCCCUUUGCGCAUGUGUAGACAGUGAGCUGUGCUGCGGUGGAACAGGGGCUGGAGACACACUGCUAGAGAGAUGGCGCGGCACCCGACCGGAGCGCAAGGACAGCUGGUUGGUGGUGGGGGGGCUUGAAUUAUAAAGAGAAUCAGAAAAUUAAGAGAGUAAUUAUUAAAAAAAAAAAACAACUAUCAAGCAAAGGGGGAUUCGGAAGAGGAGUUUUGUUUUCUGCAAAACAGCGUGCGAGGUAGGGGAAUAAUGAAAUAGGUGAAUGUAAGGACAGAGAAGAGGCAAUAGCAAAGGAGGCUACUGCAAGAAAAAAACAACAACAAAAGAAAUUUGAACUUUUACUGGACGUGAGGACUUCUGGACAUCAGCUAACUGGGGUAGGUCAGAUAGAUGGUUUGUCCACAGCGCUGCCCGGAUCAUGAACGCACAGCUGUCGAUGGAGAAUAUUGGCGACCUGCACGGAGUGAGCCAUGAGUCCGUGUCCGGUCACGGAGAGCUGCUGAGUGGCCACAGUCCACAUUCUCGUCCGAGCCCUAGGGGUUUAAGCCACCGUGCUAUGGGCAUGGCGACCCUGCUCGACACCGGAGACUAUCAUCCCAGCCACUCUGGACACUUGCAUCCAGCCAUCAGCAUGUGUGAAGCCCCCCCUGGCAUGAGCGCGAGCAGCACUUACACUACCCUAACCCCCCUGCAGCCCUUACCCCCCAUCUCCACUGUGUCCGACAAGUUUCCUCCCCAUCAUCAUCACCACCACCAUCCACAUCAUCCUCACCCGCACCCGCACCAGAGGAUCCCCGGAAAUGUCAGCGGCAGUUUCACGCUGAUGCGAGAGGACCGGAGUCUGGCGCCUAUGAACAGUCUGUAUCCCGCAUAUCAUCACAAGGAUCCGUGCAUGGGCCAGAGCCUCUCCCCGUUAUCUGGUUCCGGUCUGGCCAGCAUACACACGUCCCAGGCCGGCAUCCCCCCCUACGCUCAUCCUGGUGCCGCUAUGCCUGGUGAGAAGAUGCUCACCCCGAGCGGGUUCGAGGCUCACCAUCCGGCCAUGCUCAGCAGACAUGCGGAGCAGCACAUGAGCUCCUCAGCUGGUAUGGUACAAAUCAACGGCCUCCAUCACCAUCCGCACGCCCACCUUGGCGCGCAGGGUCACGGCCAAGUGCUGGGGAACAGCCGGGAGCAGGCCUCCGGGCCCGGGCAGCAAGGGGGCGGCGGUGGAGGGGGUGGUGUUUCUGGGGGACAGAUGGAGGAGGUGAAUACCAAAGAGGUGGCGCAGAGGAUCACCACAGAGCUGAAGCGCUACAGCAUCCCUCAGGCCAUCUUUGCCCAGCGGGUCCUGUGCAGGUCCCAAGGGACCCUGUCCGACUUGCUGCGAAACCCCAAACCCUGGUCCAAGCUUAAGUCCGGCAGAGAGACCUUCCGCCGCAUGUGGAAAUGGCUGCAGGAGCCUGAGUUCCAACGCAUGAGUGCGCUCAGGCUCGCAGGUGAGCGAAGCCUCGCAUGUAAGCGUAAGGAACAGGACCACGGCAGAAGCGAGCGGGGAAAUGUGACCAAGAAGCCCCGCCUUGUGUUCACAGAUGUGCAGCGGCGGACACUCCAUGCCAUCUUCAAAGAGAACAAGCGUCCAUCCAAAGAGCUGCAACUCACCAUUGCUCAACAGCUGGGCCUCGAGCUGGCUACAGUCAGCAACUUCUUUAUGAACGCACGCCGCCGGAGCCUAGAUAAGUGGGUGGAUGACGGCUCUGGUCACUCAGCCAACUCUGGCCCCAACGCCUGCACCAAAGCCUGAAGAAGGACUGAUUUGACCAACUCAUGGACUGACUCAACCUCGGUGGAAAAGCUUUAAAACUUAAGAGAAACAAAGAAAACUUAAAAAAGACCUUGAAGCAACGUUUUGCCCUUAAACCUGUACUAUAUUGAUAUUUAUAGUAUCCAAAGAUGAAAAAACAAACCAAAGACUUCUCCUUUGACCUGCUUUACAAUGUUUGUUUUAGCAACACAUUUAUGUGUAACAUACUGCAAAAAGACUAUAGUUUUACUCCCCCUCACACACACACUCGCUGUCACUGGUCUCUAGCUUUAUUACACCCUCCCCUCACCUCCCCACCCAGUAUGAAUCUAUCAUUUGCCACUGUUAUCUUUAAUCUGAUUGGUUGGUUUUGAUGAUGGGUCCCUAAACAGAGGUUUAAUCAGCCUCUUGACAGUCUGAUCUGCAGUUGUCCACGGCCUCGAAAACAGCCAGAAUGUGGAGCUCCAGUGGGAUUGGCCAAUCAACUUUAAAGAAAAAAAAAUCCCACAGGAGAGACUGGAUUGUUGUGCAACCUUGUUCGGAUCAGUGGAGCGGACUGUCUGACUGUUUGUCCAACUGUCUGUCUUUCUAUCAAGCAUUCCAGACAGACAGGGAAAUGUCCAUGCGUAGACUGCUAACCCUAAAACCAAAAGGUCCAACCCUAAACCAAACCAAAUAGAAAACAAAAUGCCUAACAUCAACCCACAUGGUAGUGCUUUCUUCCAACAUGCUGAGGCAUUGAAUAAUUCAAAAAAGAAAAACCAAAGCCUUCUACACCUUGAAGCCUCUUUUGCAGUUUAGAAAUCAAACCACUUAAGAACAUCCUAUGAAGUAAUUUGACCAAAGAAUAUAUUUUGUAGUUGAUAAAAGUAUUUUUUACCUGUUUUCCUCCCUUACCUCCUGAGACAGACUGUUAGUGUGCUCCACGAAGAAGGAAAUCAUACUUCUCCUUCUCCACAGAACAUUUUGAGUCACGUUUAAAUAUUUGCUCCCUGCAAACGGAAAUACUCUAUGGUAUAACCCUAAAAAUUUAACUAUUGAUAUUUGCCUUAUAGAUGCCUUCUUGGAAAGAAAUAGACUAUACCACUUUUAACUUCGCAGACACUCUCCUGAAUUAUGAUCAUUGUACUCAAUGUUAAGGUUAGUCAAUACAGCUACAUCUAAUCCUUCUAAUCUGCUUAGCUAAUGCCGGCAGGUUUAGUUCUACUUUAUGUGUUUAAAAUCCAGCACAUGUCAAAGACAAAUCUCUCCAGUUUUCUAUGUAAAACACAAGCUACUGGAUCUAUGUGUGGUUUUGACACUGUGUGAGGGAGAGUGUCAAAACCACAGUGCCUCUGGUGGUACGUUUUAAUAAGCACUUCAUAUGUAUUUGAUUUUAUCUCCUCAUCAAAGAUGUUGGGCGGAGGAAAUGAUAUCAAUGAUCAAAUCACUUUCAGGCGCUUACACAGCAAUGUCAGCUUGUCACCUGAAUACGAAAGCACCCCCGCUCCCUGCCUGCUGCCAAUCCACCCUGCACUUCCUCCCCUCCCUGCCUCCACACUCCUAGUAAGCUAUGCAUUUCAGCACUAGGAGGAAAGCACUACACAGGGCUGGCCCAGGGCAGCAUAGCAUUAGAUAUAUUACGCUGGCCCCUUGCCGUCAUCCUCUUCAUGGCCAGGGUUAGCAGCUCUACAUUCAUCAGAACAAGCGCUGAAGGAGAGGCAAGAGAGAGCUGCUUUUUCUUUAUCUCUGAGAGAAAAACCAAAAAGACGACAAGAAACCAAAAAAAAAAAAUGUGUCAAGACCUGCUGAUGUUUUAUAGUGUGAACCAAAGAUGCUACCUCACUCAAGUUCCAUACGUGAUUUUUAUCACUUUGAUGAUACCAAAGAUAACCAAAGAUUUUUUCUCAUUGCACGGCCUCUAUGAGUGGUGUUCAAAGAUGUGAUGUAUGUGUCCCCUCCCCCCUAUCUCCUUUCUCUUUUUCCCUUCUCCUUUCUCCUCCUCUUUCUCCCCCUCCCACCUGCACUCAACCCAUGCACCCCCGCUAUGCGUGCUCUUGCUUCAUCUGUGCUCUGAUUACAGCUCCAUAGAUAGUCAUACUGAUGUAGCUAUAGGCAGAUGUGCUGAACUAGCCUUAGAUACACACAAUCAGCCAUGCUGGUGCCUGUGGGGUACGACUACCUUAUUAGUAAUGUGAUCAGUGGUUGUUCAUAACAGAAACACAUUACUGUCUACCACUUUGUUGACAGGAAAGGCUUUUAGUUUGGUUCAUUAAUGAUUUUAAAUUUGCAUCUGAAGCCUUACCCCACCAGAGCUCUCAGUAUUGCAGCUUUAUUUCCACCUGGCCUGCCUGUUAGUGUGUAUCUAUAGGCUGAUAAUAUUGAUCCAACAAAUAGGUCAGACAUCUUCACCUUACAACAGGCAGACAACCUGACAUAGCCAUGGGCAGAGUUGAUGACUCAACUAUAGGCAGACAUGUUCCUGAAAGUAGAAGCAGACGUGUUGCAAUCUUUCUAAAACUCCCAGGACGAGUGCCUUGCUUGAACCAAAGUGUUAAACCGCUGUUGACCUCUCACCUUUGACUCUGUGAAUACCUCAGCCUGUAGAAGGGCCACUACUGAAGAAACAAUGAGAAGAUUUUUUUCUUUAAUCACACCGUGGUGCUUUCGCCAGCGCAACCAUGCAAUGAAAACAUACCAAAGGAAUUUUUGUUGUCCACUUCUACAGUUUAAACCAAAGGUCUUUGUUUAUCCUCUCCCCUGCCCGCCCUUCAUCCCUCCAUCCCUCUUUCCCUUAACCUUGCUUGUCUCUCUGCUGUGUGUAGGAAGGUCCAGCACUCUGGCCGUGCAUGUCUUUACCAAUGUGUCUGAAUACCUCAUAGUAAUAAUUCCUUUGAGUUCUGCAUUGAGACGUCUAUCUGUGAGUUAGGCAGAACUCCACUCGUGUGGUAAUUGUUAUUGUUACUUCAAAAAGCUGUAUGAUUAUCUAUUUUGAAGUUGCUGUUUUUUGUUCUGUUUUGUUUUUUUUGGCAGAAGUGCUCUGUUUCAAGACAUGGAGGACAAGUUUCAGGGUUGAUGUAGGAAACUUUUGGGAUGGAGGGAGAAGCGUAUUUUUUAUCGGACACUGGGUUAUGCCAAUAUUAUGAUGGUAGACUAUUGCUUUUACAGGGUAAAACCAACUGCUGUGAUAUUGUGUUCAUAUUUUCCCUUUUCUCUACUUCUGUGUUGUGAUUUUAAUUUAAUUGCAUUUUUUGUAUUGGUUAACCACUACUUUAAUUUAUGCAUUUGUAGAAACUCUAGAUUUGUAUAUAGUAGGUUUUUGGAAAAAAGAAAAGAAACAAAAAAGACCAUUUAUGUUACAGCCUUAUUUCCCAUGCUUAGAUAUAACAAAGGAGUAGUUUUUAUUCUUCUUCAGCUAAAUCCUAGCCGGCAUUUCAACGUGUGUUUUAAACACUGCCAGAAACCAAGACAGUUGAUUUGCCAAUGCAGACAAAGUUAUACAGGAGCUACUUUGUUGAACAGUUGGCAAAAAGCAGUGUGUACGUGUGUGUGUUUUUCUAUUCUUUUGACUUUUUAAAAACACUUAUUUUAUGGGUAUUACUGCACAUCCAAAGAUUUUUAAAACAAACCAAAAAUUGGAAAAAAAAUAUGUAUAAUGUUGAAAAGCACUGGCAUCUGUGAGGUAGACUUGUUGAGUUUUGAUUUGCCAUUCGCACGGGUAUAGAAUGUAGAAGGCGUAGGGCUAUGUAGGCAAGCUUACUCUACCAUGUGGGGAAUCUCCUGUUCAAUGUACAAUCUGGAGCAUUUGAAACGAGGGCUGCAAGCCCCGUUCACUUUGCUGUCUCAUGCACAGAGUGAGGUGGAGUUUAGGCUGGGCAGCCGGUCUGCCAGGGGCUGUGCCGCGGAGCUGGGUCUGUUUUUAUUGCCGUGGCACCGCCGCCUUGCUCCAUCUAGUAUCUGUUCUUUUGGUACGUACUCGUGUAAUGACUAUAAGCAAAGUCUAAUAAAACUGCAAAGAACCUUACCAAGGAAUCCGUGUGCGAGUGUGUAUGGGGACGAUUAUUCGGAUUGCUCUUCUGUUUUUCUGUCUGUGAAUGUGAGCGUGCGCCUCAAAUGUCAAGUACUGCUGAAGUAUGCAAGUUUGUAUGUGAGCUCAUUUGCAUGCAUCUCUUUGAUUCUGUCGUUGCCCAUUGUCUAAUGUGUUUGUACUGCAUAUUGUCACGCUUUUUGCUGAUGUGUAUGCAUGUGUGUGGCUGACUGGUACAUUUUAAAACAGUAGGUCUCUGGGUAUCAGAGGCUGCACUGUUAGUACUGUUUCCUCUCUGUCAUGCUCAGACAGCACAGAGUCUCCACGGACUAAGGGGUCAUCACCAAAAUGUCCAUGACAGAUUACAUCAGGAUGUUAUGCAUUCAUUGUGUCUUGAAUGAAUAAGUACAGAUGCUUUAAUUUUACAUAAAAAGGCCUGUAAAGUGAACAAAAGGAUAAUGCAGCGUGGGCCUAUGUUUUCCUGUUUCCUAAUUCAUCUCUUAUUAUUUGUUUUGCCCAUAAGGAGUUCCCAUAUGAUGGGUAGCUUGGCUACAAGUCUCAUAAUAAUACUGCAGCACCUAAGACAAUCAUCUGGAUCUCUUACGCUGGGGAACUAGUUUCCCACCCGCAGAGGGGUGUCCUCCAGCUAUUCAUAUACAAAGAUGCUUGAAGGGUUUUGAUAAACAAGCAUAUUUGUUGUCAUAGACAUUUAGGAAUAAAUUACAGUAGAAGUUCAUUUUGCACUUGCAUUUCAAAAUGAAAUCUCCUUGCUCUUGUCAGCCUUGUGCUCUUGUCAGACUCGAUCUCUUUCUUUUGACCUCCUUAUCAACUCACAGUGCUUCUUCGGUUUUUAGUCUGCGUGUCAGUGUGUGUGUGUGUGUGUGGGUGUUUGUGUGUGUGCGUGCGGGCGUGCGUGUAUGCCAGAGAGGCAAUACUGUCGGUGUUACUCUCAGAUGUAAAACUCCAUGUCUCAUGACUUUAUUUGUCAUUGCUGUUUCCCAGGCUUUGCUACUGCUUUCUCAGUGCCGUGCAAUAUCAUCUGUUGUGAUUGCUAAGCAAAUGAUAAAAAAGAAAGAAAAUUGAGAAGCAAGUGAUGAUGUCAUUCAGCUUUUUUCAGUGUUCAAAUGUUUCAACAUUUCUGUAGUCACAAA